UUUUCCCUCCCGGAGUUAUUCUGCGGAGCAUUAGUGAGUAGCCACUCAUACCUAUCAAGCAUGAUAAAGUUCCAUUCUUUCCCCGUCAUCUUCACCCAUUUCACUUUGACUGAGUAUAUCUUCCUUUAAUUCGUUAAAUUUCUACCCUAAUGCCUCUGUAUAUUGCUUACAACGGAGACUUCUGUUUUUGCCAUUGACGCAACUGACACCACUAAAGGUGGUAAAGUCCAAAAUGGCGUUUCGCCAAGACACACCUUUGUUUGAUCCUGGCUGAGUGGAUGCUAGGUUGAACAAAUGGCCCAACGUAGGGUGCACAAGCCUAGGUGGCUCGAGCCUAUUCUGAAAAAAACUUUCUUUGAUUCUUGUGUGGCUCAUCCUAUGCAUAAGAAUGAACGGAAUAAAUACUGUAUGACCUGCAACAAGUCUGCUUGCCAAUACUGUGUGUCUCAUGGCAUCCAUCGAUGCCACAAAAUGCUGAGCAUUUUCAAACAUGUCUACAAAUAUGUUGUCGCUUUAGCUGCUGUUGAAAAGCAUAUUGACUGUUCACACAUUCAGACCUACACAUGCAACAAGAGAUUGGUUAUUGCUCUGAAUCCUCUUCCACACGGCUGUUUGGAGUCAAAUACUGAUCUGUCAUGUGAGACCUGUGGCAGAAGGCUGAAUAACCCUCGUUUGUAUCGUUAUUGCUCCAUUUCAUGCAAGGUUAAAGCUGUUUUAAGGAAGCCCGAUGAUUCACUUCCUCCCUUCAUUACCAAGCAGCGUCCUUCUAAGGGAAAGAAAGAGAAGGCCUCUGUGCUCCGGAAGCCAAUAAACAAAAGAAAGGGAACACCCCGCAGGGCUCCCUUCUUCUGAAAGCCUCAACCCUCAAGUGGUUGGUGAUUUAUAUAUAUCCUUAUAUGAUGUAGACAGGAUUGGGAGUAAUUACACCAUCAAGUUUUUGUCAUCAAGGCAAUUAAUCUAUUUGCCUUGUUUUACUUAAAUUUGUAAAUAUGCUGCAUAUGCUUAUGGUCUCUGGAGUUGCAUAACUAGCUCUGUUUGCCCGUGGUGAUUAGACUUCGCUUGCAACAACUGUCUUGUGAAUUAACCAUGUGACUAUUGUAUGAGACUGAAAUGAUUUGAAAGUCUUCAACUUUCAUCAAUUGCAAUGGAAAAGCUGUCGAGUUGUAAUAAUAAAUCAAUGAACUUAAACUU